AUGAACAAAACGCCGAUUCUCGAAAUUGAACCGAGGGAACUCAAAUUCGUAUUUGAAUUGAAGAAACAGAGUUCUUGUUCAGUUCAGGUGACGAAUAACACUUACCACUAUGUCGCUUUUAAGGUCAAAACGACGUCGCCUAAGAAAUAUUCAGUGCGGCCAAAUGUUGGAGUUCUCGCGCCAAAAUCUAGUGGUGAAUUCGUAGUUACAAUGCAAGCCCAACGGGUAGCCCCUGAAGAUUUGGUGUGCAAGGACAAGUUCUUAGUUCAAAGCACAUUGGUGGAUGCUGAUAUAACCAGCGAAGAUGUUACUGCCAGCUUGUUUGUCAAAGACGGAGUGAGAUACGUAGAAGAAAAUAAGCUGAAGGUGGCUCUGAUCAGCCCACCUGAUUCACCAGAACUGGGCCCUGUUAAUGGAGACUCCAAGAAUGGGUUUGAUCACGGAAAAUUUCAGAUAUAUAGUAAAGAUGAAAUUGAAAUCCAGUCGCCUGAACCCAUGGUUCUUAAAAAACCAGAGCAUAAUAAGGUUCACGAGGUAGAGCGUGAAGAGGAUACGGAGUUGAAGGUGGAAUAUGAUAUGGGGCUGGAUGCUAUAAAGAAUGUAGAGGAGCCAGGAGAAGAAGCAGGGUUGAAAGUUUCAAGAGAUGAAGAGUUGAACCCAGCAAAGGAUGUAGAGGAAUUGAAGCCGCAAAUUAAAAAAGAGGUAGAAGUGUCCAAAGAUCUGGAUUCAAUCACAGUAAAUAGUACAGAGGAACUGAAACCUGGAAAAGAAGCAGAGAUGAAGGAGUCAAAAGAUCUGGGCCCAAUCAGAGUAAAGAAUGCGGAAGAACUGAAACCUGGAAAAGAAGCAGAGAUUAAGGAGUCAAAAGAUCUGGGUCCAAUCAGAGUAAAGAAUGCGGAAGAACUGAAACCAGGAAAAGAAGUGGAGUUUAGGGUGUCAAAAGAUCAUUUGACCACAGUUAACAAUGCAGAGGCAGUGAAGCCAAGAAAAGAAAGAGAGUUAGAAGUGUCAACGGAUACAAUGAUUACGACUGUAAAGAAUGUUGGGGAACUAAAGCCAGAAAAAGAAUCAGAGUUAAGAGUUUCAAAGGGCAUAGAGGAGUUGAAACUGCUUGAAGCCAUUGAAGAGAUGAAGUUAAAACUAGACAGACUUGAGUCAAAGCUAAAUGAGUCUGGAGCAACAAUAUCAAAGUUAACAGAGGAGAGGCAGUUAAGCAAUCAAGAGACAAAGAUCUUGCAAGAAAAACUAGCAGAUCUUAUUAAUAAAGGUCCAACAAGAAAAGUUCAAGUCGGGUUCCCACUUCUAUAUGUCUGUAUGGUGGCCCUUAUCUGUGUCUUCUUGGGAUACCGUUUACACUCUUGA